AUAGCAAUCGCAGCAAAGCAGAUUUUAUCUGGUCUCUUGUGACAUCCCCUUCGCUCACCAGUUACCUCUGUCACCAUGUUGCUGAGACUUGUCGUCGUGUGCUGUGUCGUCUGCGUGAGUCAGGCGUGGUGGUGGAAGAAAAAACAACCUGAGUGGAACAAUCUGAAAGUCACCUUCGGCGCCAACGUCUUCAGCUCCCGUGUCUUUGCCGACUUGCCAAGAACGGUAGAUGAGGCUCGGAGGAAGGGAUGGAUUAUGAUAGAUAGAUGUCGAAACGACGGCCCUUUCCGUGGCGCUCGUUACGUCAAGCAGAAUGACUUCUCCGUCACGCUUUUAUAUGACGUCAACGGCUACAUCGCUGGCAUUCAGUGUGGGCUGCUUAAGGGAGGACUUCCCCACGAUUUUCCUCCCCUUCCGCUCAGAAACGUUUUCCAGGAAGAUGGGAACGAUCGUGUGGCCCUGACAGCUUACUUCACCGAUCCGGCCAUUAUCUGUACAACUGGGCGAACUUCCUCGACAUUCCAAGAAGAAGGAACAGGAAGUAACCUGUACAUUCAGACGGGAAGUGAUCCACUGACUCAGUCCUCCCUUAUCCCACGUCAAGAGAAGGACAUCGCCAAGACGCCUUGGAAGCGGGGCCGCUGCUUCGUAGGGAUGGGAGUUCAUUACUGGUUCAACGUAACCCAGAACAUGAGUUGUGACAACUUCUUCCCCGCCUUCCUGCUGUACAACGACGGCAAACUGAACGCCUUUGGCUGGGCGCUGGGAAUUCCUCAGACUUCCAGCCGCUUUGAGCAUCCAUCACGCUCUUCGCUGUCGUGGUUUUUUGACCCGGUGCCAAGUUGUCUUUCCCAGCAGCCAGAUUUAUCGACCAUGCACAUUUACCUCACCUCGAACCCCGUCUUGAAUGUCUGCUGAUCCCGCUGCACCAACAGCCUGGGGCCAGCUGCAUGGCAUAAAUAAAAGCAUCAUGGAAGUUUCACUACCUAGCUAGGGCUUAGCCACGUCGUACGACGCGCCCGACUUUUGCUAUUAAACUUUGCUUCACGCUGAC